AUGCCCCAACAAGUAACUCUGACACCAACUCAUUUCAUUCCUCGUACUAAAGCCACCCAUCAGCGACUACACAUCCGUAGUGCGCGUGACGCGCAUACAGUAUUUGAAGCGGUCAGGCUAGGGAUGCUGCCUAUGGUGACUCAGCGCCUCAGCGUCGUUGAUUGCGAAUUACUACAACCAGGUCAAGUAUACUGUUGGGAACAAGAAAAUGGAGAGAGUGGAAUCGAGCGAUGGACAGAUGGCCGCCGAUGGGGCGGUUCGCGUGCAAGGGAAAAUUUCUUAUUUUACAUCGAAGCACAACCUAGAUUAGAACAGGAAGAAGGGAGCUCCAGCAUAGAUGACUAUCAAAUUCCCCAAAGCCAAAAAGCGCCGUGGGACUUCAGACAAGACAAGAGAUGUGGUGGCUUUACCAAACAGACCUAUUCCGCAUGGGUCAAAUUCAGUCCUAUGCACCCACCUCGUAGAUGGAAUUUGACGGCCUAUUUCGCGGGUGAAGAUUACUUGAACCUGCCGACCGUGGACAGUGACCCAAUUUUCUCGAAGUUUGACAUACCUCCAGGAGUGUACACGACAUUCGACAGCCUGCUAAAGAAGUCAGAACGACGGUCAGUCAUCAGUGCCGAUUUGAGUGAGACAUUGGAUCCGGAAUACCCCGUUCUACCGAAGGCAGAUAACCAAGACAACCCAACAUCUCCUCUUCCUCGCUCACCGGAAGACCAACGAGCGCUUUCCAUGUUCAAAUUGCAGCUGUGA